AUGCGCGAGAAGAGGCAGGCUACCGGUACGCUAUUUUAUAUGAUAAAAUCACAUUACCGGACUACCAAAAACCAAAAUAUACUACAAAAUUUGGGCUGUUGUACCUGCAACCGCGGACCACCUGGUCCAGCAGGUCCUCCUGGAGUUGAUGGUGCUGAUGGAGUUGAUGGCGUUACGGGAGAACUCGGCGCUCCAGGUCCUAUGGCAGUUGAACCACCGAACUACCGUAUGUCACAAAUCAAACAAUGCCCUUGCGAAUCACCUGGAGGUCCACCUGGAUCACCAGGACCCCGAGGACCACCUGGACUGCCUGGAGAUGGAGGAGCACCUGGAGCACCUGGAGCCCCAGGAACACCAGGAGAGAAUGGUCAACCGGGUCGACCUGGACCACCAGGACAAAAUGGGGAACCUGGACCACGAGGACCCGAUGGAGUUACUCGUCCCGGAGGCGGUGGAAAUCCUGGCCCAACUGGACCACCAGGAGACAGAGGAAUGGACGGACCACGAGGAGAGCCUGGCCUACCUGGAGAACCUGGUACGCGGAUGCUGUUUUCAAAAAUUCAAAUUGCAUCAUAUUCCUUGUUUUCAGGCGCACCUGGAGAACAAGGAGCACCAGGAUCACCAGGAAGACCUGGACAACCAGGACAACCGGGAAGAGAAGGACCACCAGGACAAGCCGGAGGACAGGGUGCUCGUGGAUCUUGCGAUCACUGCCCACCUGCAAGAACGGCUCCUGGAUAUUUCGACUAA